CGGCAAUUGUUGCUACUACUUCAACCGUAAGCGUGGUUGAUCCUCAGCCUUCCGAGUUUCGACUGUAAUCAUGAAACAUCAAGGGGAUGGGGGACACGCACGGCAAUCCACCACUCUCACUUUGUCUUGUUAACACAAUGCAGUUCUGGAUGCACAGGCUCGAGGUGUCGAAGCCAUGACUGGUUCUCUCCAGCUUCCGAAAGUUUUCACGAUGCUAUGGCUAUCCGUGAUCUACAGCGCUGCCCUCGCCCACGCCUACAAACCCCUUUCCGACAGCUUCCUUCGAGCUAUUCCCGACGCUGGUGCGGACUUAGACAUCGAAAAUGGGACGCUGCUUGCGCCUAUCUUGAUUCCUCGCGUCCCAGGCACACCCGGCCAAUUGAAGGUCCAACAUCACUUUGUUGAGUUCUUCCAAAGAGAACUCCCGAAAUGGACGAUUGAAUGGCACAACUCGACUGCAACGACACCCGCAACGGGCAACGUAGAGCUUCCGUUUGGGAAUUUGGUGUUUAAGAGAGAGCCACCUUGGGUGAAGCCGGGGGGAUCGAAUCUAUUAACAUUAGUGGCACACUAUGACAGUAAAUAUCGCCCAGAAGGGUUUCUUGGGGCUACAGACAGCGCGGUGCCUUGUGCAAUUCUGAUGCAUGUCGCAAGGAGUAUUGAUAAAUAUGUCACGCAGAUGCAUGACGAGAUGGCUGAGCUGGGUGAGGGAGGCAGCGUUGAGAUGGACAUGGGCGUGCAGAUAUUGCUCCUUGAUGGGGAGGAGGCGUUUGUAUCAUGGACUGACACCGAUUCGCUAUAUGGGGCAAGAGCACUCGCAGAGAGUUGGGAAUCAUCUUUCAACCCCGCAAUGUCCAAGUACCGCAACCCCAACCGGCAGAUUAGCAUUUUCGUCCUCCUCGACCUCCUUGGCUCAGCCAACCCCAAAAUCCCCUCCUAUUUCCUCACCACCCACUGGGCCUACAGCAACAUGGCCAACAUCGAAGACCGCAUGCGUAAACUCAACCUCCUCGAAUCUAAACCUAAGUCUGCGUUCCUGCCCGAUACCAACAGAGCCAUGUAUUCUGGAACGAUAUCUGAUGAUCAUCUGCCUUUUAUGGCCCGGGGUGUACCCGUUCUUCAUGUUAUCCCUUCCCCGUUUCCGGCGGUUUGGCAUACUAUGGAUGAUGAUGGGGAGCAUCUGGACAUGCCGACAGUGAGGGAUUGGGCGAAGAUUGUGACUGCAUUUGCGCUUGAGUGGUUGGACAUGAUGGAGGUUUGGUAUGAGCCCAAGGGUAUGGCAGGACCGUAAAUAUAGGGUCGUUGGGGGGCUUUUUGGAAACCCCUAUUUGGAGUCACAAGUGUUUCCUGUACGAUGUUCUCUAAGCAUGAGCCUAUCGUAUCGGGUUGAGGGCAAGAAGUGAACCUGGGAGAUGUGUCGGGGUCGAAAUAUGUCUCACACGAUGAAUGCCGAGGCAAGCCCUGCGCAUCCAUGCAGCGGGAGGGCAUGCCGUGGAAUGGCCACCAUUAACGUCGAAACGUGAGCAUACUGGCUCCAACACGGGUAUGCCGCAAGAGUUAAGAAGCCAUAUUACAGCACUGGUGGAUCGUACACCACUGG